AUGGCCGGGAAAGGAGGCAAGGGGCUGCUUGCGGCGAAGACGACGGCGGACAAGGGCGCCGCCGACAAGGACAAGGACAAGAAGAAGGCGCCCGUGUCCCGCUCCUCCCGCGCCGGGAUUCAGUUCCCGGUGGGACGUAUACACAGGCAGCUCAAGCAGAGGGUCUCGGCUAAUGGCCGUGUGGGUGCCACUGCUGCUGUGUACUCUGCAGCAAUCCUUGAGUACCUUACUGCCGAGGUCCUUGAGCUGGCCGGCAACGCUAGCAAGGAUCUCAAGGUGAAGCGUAUCACCCCUCGCCACCUGCAGCUUGCGAUCCGUGGAGAUGAGGAGCUGGACACCCUCAUCAAGGGCACCAUCGCUGGUGGUGGUGUCAUCCCUCACAUCCACAAGUCACUCAUCAACAAGACCUCCAAGGAGUGA